CACAUAUUAAAGAAAAUGAGAGAUGAAAGGAAAUUUCUAAUAGUGAAUUAUUCAUUUGGAUCUUUAAUUGCCAUCGAAUUAGCAAGAUUAUUAGAAGCUAAUAAUUUCUCAGGACGGUUAAUACUAAUAGAUGGAGCUCCUGAUCAAAUGAAACUUUGGACUAAUCAAUAUUUGGACUGUACUUCGCCAGAAGAGUUACAAAACACGAUAUUACUUGGUUUAUUGAAAAUGUAUACUACAAUUAACAAAAAAACACUUGCGUUAGAGCUAAAUAAAUGUAACACAUGGGACGAAAAAGUGAAAGUAUUUCAUGCUUACUUCCCGAAGGACUUAAAUGUACUGACGAUCGAAAAUCAAAAGCUUAUAUUUUUUACAGUUUACAAUCAUUUUGUCGCUGUACAGGAUUACGAUAUUUCAUCAUUACCUCGCCUUAAAUCAUCUAUAACAUUGCUAAAACCCACAUUUCCGAUUGCCCCUUUUACUGAAGAGGAUUAUGGUUUACAUAAGGUUACCGAAGGUAAAGUGCAAAUUCAUUAUGUGGAAGGUAAUCAUAUCACAAUGAUGGACAACGGCAAAAUCAUAUCAACUAUUAACGAAGAAUGGAUAGAAGAUAAUAUAAUACAAUAUAAGGAGGAAAAGAAGGAGGAUAUAAGAGGAGGAUAAUAUA